AUGGCUGACACAAUAUCCUUCCCAUCCGUCAACAAUGUCAUGCAGGAGGAUGCCUUUUCUGUAUUGUGUCGAGCAGUAUAUGAGGACGUCAGAGAGGCUGCUGGGCCAAUGGCCCAAGUAUCGACGUCAUUGUCAGUGAGGGAUCUACGAUCCCCCGAUUGUUCAUGGCGGACGGCUUCUAGUUCUGUUGGAGUCCUUGACGACACUGGGAGCGCCCAUGGGAAGAACACCCAUUGCGCCCUACUGUCGGCCGUCUCCGCCGAGGUUUCUGGCACUCAACAAGAUUCUCUGGACGAGGUCCCGGACGCGUCUAUGGUUCGCCCUUCGUUUCCACGGCCGUCGAACCUGGUCCUUCGUUCGGGUUCUUCAGAUUCUUCCGCUGAAGAUCUGGAGAUUAAUAAACCGUCCGAGGCAUCGACAGCCUCACCUAUUGUCGCGAUGUGCCGUCGUCGCUUAUUCCGAAACUGA